GAAAAUGUUAACCCCGAGGCCUAUACUUCAAAAAUGAAAGUAGGAUUACGAUGUAAGGUGUUGCAAUGUUGUAAAAUACACACCAGGAAACUUUUGAAUCAUUGCACUAAAGAUAUGGCAGGUAACAACAGAGAACAACAGUUCAAGUAUCUCCUGAUUCUGGACUUUGAGGCCACGUGUGAUAAAAAGAAUCCACCCCUCCCUCAGGAAAUUAUUGAAUUCCCGGUCAUCAAACUGAACACACGUACGUUGGAAUCAGAAGCUGUAUUUCACACUUAUGUAGAACCUGACGUCCACCCAAAGCUGACCCCAUUCUGUACCGAGCUGACUGGAAUCAGACAAUCUCAGGUGGAUGGACAGCCACAUCUAACAGAUAUUUUAAACAAACUAUUCCCAACAUGGAUGAAAGAACAAGGACUUCUUGACCCAGACAACACUAGUAUAUUUGUCACAUGUGGGGACUGGGAUCUCAAAAAAAUGCUACCUUCCCAGUGCUCACAUUUGAAGUUACAACGAAACGAUCAUUUCAGAAAGUGGAUCAACAUUAAACAGGCUUUUAGUGAUGUUACCUCCCAGUACCCCCGGGGCAUGAUGGACAUGUUGAGAAAAUUGGACAUCCCCCACACCGGGCGCCAUCACAGCGGGAUAGACGAUUGUACAAACAUUGCAGCCAUUGCAAAAGAAUUGAUCAAACGAGGUCAUGUGUUCAAGCAGACGUCUUAUCCCUGACCUGGAGAGGAGUACCCACUGUUUGAUGUGAAAUUAAACGAUGAAGAAAUGACUGCACAUGCUCAUGGCUGAGACUGUUCAGAUACAUUUCUGUGGCGGGAGAUUUAAAGUUUUUUCGCUGUGACAAACUGUAACUGGGAUCAUAAUGUUCUCUCAGUAGAGCUUCCACAAAUUGGGGCCAUUUCCCGCUCUCCCCCAGUGAAAUCCAGUCAUGAAGUUUAGAAUUAUGGUGAUAAUUUUUAAGUUUUAAGAGUUUUUGUUUUGUAAACUGGAAGUUUUCAAUAUAGUCUGGGUAAUCUUGUA